CUGAUUACAACUCAGAUCAAAUCACUGUUCACUUUGAGCUGCAGGUAUAAAAACACAGAGUAACACAGUUGUACUCAGCACUUCAUCUUCUUACCGAUACCUGGACAUUGGAGAAGAGAGAUAACUAUGCGUGAAUGUAUCUCCAUUCAUGUGGGCCAAGCUGGGACUCAGAUUGGCAAUGCAUGCUGGGAGCUGUACUGCCUGGAACAUGGGAUCCAGCCAGAUGGACAGAUGCCCAGUGGCAAGACUGUUGGAGGAGGAGAUGACUCCUUCAAUACCUUCUUCAGUGAGACUGGGGCAGGAAAGCAUGUCCCCAGGGCCAUCUUUGUUGACCUGGAACCUACUGUCAUCGAUGAGGUGCGUACAGGAACCUACCGUCAACUGUUCCACCCUGAGCAGCUGAUUACAGGAAAGGAGGAUGCUGCCAACAACUACGCCCGAGGACACUACACAAUCGGCAAGGAAAUUAUUGAUCUGGUUCUGGACAGGACUCGUAAACUGGCUGAUCAGUGCACUGGCCUGCAGGGAUUUCUCAUCUUUCACUCCUUUGGUGGAGGCACUGGCUCAGGUUUCACCUCCCUGCUGAUGGAGAGACUCUCUGUUGAUUACGGUAAAAAGUCUAAGCUUGAGUUUGCCAUCUAUCCAGCCCCCCAGGUCUCCACAGCAGUGGUAGAGCCUUACAACUCCAUCCUGACCACCCACACCACCCUGGAGCACUCUGACUGUGCUUUCAUGGUGGAUAAUGAGGCCAUCUACGAUAUCUGCCGCAGGAACCUUGAUAUUGAGAGGCCAACUUACACCAACCUGAACAGGCUCAUUGGCCAGAUUGUGUCUUCAAUCACAGCCUCCCUUCGCUUUGAUGGUGCCCUGAAUGUUGAUCUGACAGAGUUCCAGACCAACUUGGUGCCCUACCCUCGUAUCCACUUCCCUCUGGCCACCUAUGCUCCAGUCAUCUCUGCUGAGAAAGCUUACCAUGAGCAGCUGUCUGUUGCUGAUAUCACCAACACCUGCUUUGAGCCAGCCAAUCAGAUGGUGAAGUGUGACCCUCGUCAUGGUAAAUACAUGGCCUGCUGUCUGCUGUAUCGUGGUGAUGUGGUGCCCAAAGAUGUCAACUCUGCCAUCGCAGCCAUCAAGACCAAACGCACCAUCCAGUUUGUGGACUGGUGCCCCACAGGCUUCAAAGUGGGCAUCAACUACCAGCCUCCAACCGUGGUUCCUGGAGGAGACCUGGCUAAAGUACAGAGAGCUGUGUGCAUGCUGAGCAACACCACGGCCAUCGCUGAGGCCUGGGCCCGUCUUGACCACAAGUUUGACCUCAUGUAUGCCAAGAGGGCCUUUGUCCACUGGUAUGUUGGAGAGGGCAUGGAGGAGGGAGAGUUCUCAGAGGCCAGAGAAGAUAUGGCAGCCCUGGAGAAGGAUUAUGAAGAGGUCGGCACCGACAACAUUGGGGAAGAGGAUGAAGGAGAGGAAUAUUGAGUUUCCUAAGGCCUGCAUUUAGACCAAAGUAAGUUGAUACUUACUGACAAUUGGUAUCCCAUUAUAAAGGGGGCGUUUAGUUUUUGUAGCGAAAAAAACUGUGUCAAAUGUAUGAAUAAACCUACCAUUAGGUUAAGAAGAUGCUAAUUUUGAUAAUCCCUAUUAUUAACAUCAAAACAAAUAUGACAUUCUAAGUAAACUGGAAGUAUAUUCUCCAUACUGUGACACAUUAUCCAAAAUGUUAACUGAACAUCAAGCUUGAAAAGAUGAGAAUCUGAUCUUCACAGAAUUAUUAUUAUAGUUACAGUGCUUUAUAAUAUGUGCAUUUGCAUUGCAAGCAAAGAAGCUCAUGGCAAAACAUAUCUUGUGUUGGGCCUUUAAAGAUCUUUUGUUUCUGCUGUAUCAGACUGAGAAACUUAGGCCAAACCCUCUCUUUUGUGCACCUCCCCCCACUAUCCUCUCCCAUGUGGAAUGUAAGUUAUGAAAGGGCUCCUAUGUCAGUGUCUAUAUACCAUUCAGCUGUGACUCUGUGAGAGCAGGAGAGAGAGAAAAUGACUGACUAACUCACUGACUAGUGCUGUUUGUGUAGCUCAUACUCAGACAAUGGCCUGCAGCAACAAUAGGAUCCCAGUUAUGUAUGAAUAACAGCUCUGUGAUCUGAAGGGGACUGCUGAAAAUUUGUACCAAGGAUAAGAAAAAAAAAUUGGCCACUAUAUAUCUCAGAUGUUGUAUCUGAUUUUUUAUUUUUAUUUUUUUGCUUUUCAGUGGUGUGUUUGUUUCCAAAUGUGGUGUUUAUCUGUGUAUUCUGAAUUUGCUGCAAAUCCCUGCAUGAUGCCAUGGUAAUUACGUUUCAUUUUAUAACAUUUCUUAUACAUUUGAUGAUGAAGAAUAAAGAAUUUCAUUGACUUUU